GGAAGAAGCUCGACAAGUAUGCAGAGGAAUGAGUUCAGAUUUGGUUGUUGUACAUAGUCCAGAGGAAAAGGAUGCACUCAAUACAUACAGCGUGGGUAGUUCAGGAACUGAUGGAUACUGGUUUGGCCUGAGAGCUGAAGGUGGGAGAUGGAAGUGGAUUGAUGGAAGUAAUCUGACUGAAAGCUACUGGACACCACAACCUCCUCCUACUGCUACUGAUGGUCAGUGUGUAAUGUCUGUCCAGAACGUAGGAUGGAGAUCAGUGAACUGUACUGAGAAACAAAGAUGGAUCUGCGAAAAUAAGGCUUUAUCUGUUUAAACACUGCAGUCAGACUCUGCAUGAUAAUAUCAACUGGCUUAUAAAUAUCAAACUAUUAAGACUUCUACUUCACAA